CCUACCGCUUCCCGUUAGUCUUCGCUCGUCAGGCCUCUUAGACAGCGCUUGCGUGAGUCCAUAUUUCGUAUGUAGAACGAAUAAUAACAAUGUGCGCAAAUCUAUGAUAACAGUGGUGCGUCAGUGUUUAUUUCUAAAAUUUUCUUGAAAGUAUAAGUUUAUAGCAUUUGAUGUUUUGUACUUGAGUUGCUUAAACGAUCGGCUCAAAAUGUCUCGCCGUCCUGUUAUUUGACAGGCUUUGCCCUUUUAUUUGUUGUUUACUUGAAGCGCAUGAUACAUAAGCAUUAGUCUAGCUUUCUUAAUUUUUUAAAGAUUGACUUUGCCUAAGUUGUCUAUAAUAAUGGAAUCUAUUCGAAAAUGGUUUUAUAAACCAAAGAAAGGAGAUCGUUCCUUAUUAGCUCAAUUUUUUUAUGCUGAUGAUGAAUUAAAUGUGGUUGCUGCAGAAUUGGAUAGCUUUGAUGGUAAAAAGGAUCCUCAACGGUGCACUGCCCUUGUAAAUCACUUAAGACAAUGUCAAGACAAAGUUUUAACCAUUUGUAUCAAAAUUAUGGACGAAUUAAUACCUGGCGAGCGUGCUAGUCGCGAUUUUCGUGUCAAAUUUCCUGAUGAUGUAAUUCAAGAUAAUUUAGCUGGACAGUUGUGGUUUGGUGCUGAAUGUUUAUCUGCAGGAUCUAGUAUAAUGAAUAGAGAAGCUGAAAGUGGAGCAAUGAGACCUCUUGCUAGAGCAUUAACUAAAUCAUUAGAAAAAGUCCGCAGUUUAUUAAGAGAUGCUAGCUUAUGUAGUGACCAAACUCCUCCAUGUCUACGUAAUUUGAUAUCAUCAUUGUGCACUUUUGAUCACUUAUUAGCAGAAUUUGAACUGCGUUAUGUGUCAGCAAUGGUACCAGUAAAAUCUGCUCAUGAAUAUGAAUUACAACAACUUGUAGUAGUUCUGUUUUCAGAAACUCUUCAAAGAGCUCUUGCUAAAGGUUUAUUAAGUCAAGAAAUGGUAGAUGAUUAUGAUCCAGCUCUUAUGUUUACUAUACCACGUUUAGCUAUUGUAGGAGGUCUUCUAUUUUAUCCUUGUAUAUCACCUUUAUCUUUAGACCAAAAUGCCUCAAAUAUGUCUGAUAUGUUCCGUCCAUUUAGAUCAUUGUUAAUUAAAAUUCGAGAACUUUUAUGGACGCUGUCAGAUAAAGAACUUUCAACUUUAGAAAGAAUGCUUUGUUCAUCUGAUGAUGUAAAAUUUGAUAAUAAAUUAACUGCCAAUAAUCAACACUUAAAAUCUCAUGAUAUAAGUGAUGAAGAUUCUGUAAGUCUUUCUUCUAAUACUACUGAAUUAGUAAUUGAAAAAAAAGUUACUACAAUUGAACAUUGUAAUAGAAAAGGUUUUCCUUCUUCAUCUCCUCAAGACUUACUUAAUAAUAAUCCUUCAGCAAAAAAAUUUGAAUCUACUAUCAUAACAAAAACUAAUGAUCUUCAAAAUAAUGAACUAAAAAGUCCAGUAUCUUCUAGUACAGCUAAUGAAUGUAUAGAGUCAAGUUCUGUACCAGAUGCUGAUCUAACUGAGUGUUUAGCUACAGCAACUGAAGUUUUAACUGAGAUUUUAGUUAAAACAAACUUGAAUAUUGAAAGUGAAAAUUUGAACAUCACUUUAGAUUCAAAUGGUAAUAAUUCGGUAGCAAAAAUCCCAAAUGUCUCUAGUAGUUCAACACAAACCGAUUGCCCACCUUCAAGUUCAUACCAUGUAUGUUGCUGUAAAGAAUGGAACUGUUGGAAGUCAACUGGAGAAAAAAAAGAAAAGUGUGAUGGUUCUGCCCAAUGCCAAACUAGUAUUUGUUGUAAUCAUAAAAGAAAAAAAUCAAAUAACGAUACUAAGCUAGAAAAUAAAAAAUGUGAUUGUAGUGUUUCAAGGUACAAUAAAAAUUGGAGAGAGCUACGAAAAGUAGCAAAUAAACGUACAAAUGUACUUUGUCGUUUAAAAGUCUGUAAUCGAAAUUCGAAACCUGUGAUCAAAAAUCAUGAAAUGUGUUCAAGUUGUUCAAGUUGUACAACAUCAUCAGCCGAUGAAAGUGAUGAAAGUAAAACUGAUAGCUCUACUACAGACAGUUCCUGUAAUUUUUCAUUGCGACGCCAGAAAGCUCGAGCAAAAUUCAGGUCUGAUGAAGAUUUGUUACAUAGAUUAUUUGUUUGUAUCUCUGGUGUAGCCGAUCAAUUACAAACUAAUUUUGCGGGUGAUUUGCGCAACAUAUUAAAAGCAGUUUUUCUCAUGUCAAAUUCUAGUAGUAAUCCUGAUGAUAAUGAAAAUACAGUAAUUAUAACUGGAAAUAACAACUCGUCAAUUAAUAUUGAAAAUGGAGAAGAAGCACUUAUAUGGAGGGGUGAAAUAAUGGUAGGAGAUGUUUCAUCAUUAACAUUAGAAACUCCACCUCCUUGGAUACCAGAUAAUGAAGCACCUUUAUGCAUGUCAUGCAAAGCUAUAUUUACAGUAGUGCGUAGACGCCAUCACUGCCGAAAUUGUGGAAAAGUGUUUUGUUCCCGAUGUAGCUCAAAUUCUGUCCCACUACCUAGAUUUGGCCAUUUAAAACCAGUACGAGUUUGUAAUCGAUGUUUCAUUUAUCAGGUUACUCCCUUCACAUUGGAAUCCUCUAUCGGACCAGUUCCAAUAAUAAUGCAAUCUUAAUAAAAUUUAUUACAUUUUAUUCUCACAUUCCAAAGAAUGAAGAAACAUCUUUAUUUUUGUGUUACCAUUUUAUCCUAAUUGACUGUUUGUUUCUCCUUUUUAACCUUUUGUUUUAGGUGUACUAUCCUGGAUAAGCAUUCUGUUCCUAAUUACAAUUUUAACAUUUUUUUAUAAAAAUAAACUGUAAUAAUGACCAUUUAAUUGGUAAUAAAUAGAUUAUGUAUUAAA